CAGAGCAGAAGGUGAGACACUACGGGUCCUACCGCUGCUCCGGGACUCAGGAUCCCACCCUGGUGCCUGCUUCAGAGGCCCCAAUGUCUCCUCGUGUAGCCAGGUAUGAGCCCCGGAAGCUGGAUGGGGACCCAAGACACCCUUAAAGGCCUCUCUUCAGCCCGUUCGUUCCCACCUACGGGUGCACCAGGCGGCUCCCACCACUUCGCGCACAAGUAGUAGUGCGACCAUCCCCAGGCGUCUUUCCGCACUCGGACCCGCCCCCGUGAUCCCAUUGGCUGGUCGGGGAAGGGGCGGGGCCGAGGAAGAGCGCUCGGCGGUCUGAGCUGCCACCAAAGUCCUCCUGCGGACACUCGCAAGUCAGCGCCGUGAGAGCCCACGUUGCUCUGAGGGACCUACCGACGCGGCGAUCGCCUGCCGAGUGCGUGGUGAGCAGCUGCUGUAAAGCUGCCAGCGACAGGUGCGCCGUCUGGUCCUCCCCGUCUGGGCGUAGCGCCCGAGCCCGACCAGCUACCAGUGGAUGCGCGCCGGCUGAAAGUCCGAGAUGGCUAUGCGUCCCGGGCCACUCUGGCUAUUGGGCCUUGCUCUGUGCGCGCUGGGAGGCGGCCACGGUCCGCGUCCCCCGCACACCUGUCCCCAGCGUCGCCUGGGAGCGCGCGAGCGCCGCGACAUGCAGCGUGAAAUCCUGGCGGUGCUCGGGCUACCGGGACGGCCCCGACCCCGUGCACAACCCGCCGCUGCCCGGCAGCCAGCGUCCGCGCCCCUCUUCAUGUUGGACCUAUACCACGCCAUGACCGAUGACGACGACGGCGGGCCACCACAGGCUCACUUAGGCCGUGCCGACCUGGUCAUGAGCUUCGUCAACAUGGUGGAACGCGACCGUACCCUGGGCUACCAGGAGCCACACUGGAAGGAAUUCCACUUUGACCUAACCCAGAUCCCUGCUGGGGAGGCUGUCACAGCUGCUGAGUUCCGGAUCUACAAAGAACCCAGCACCCACCCGCUCAACACAACCCUCCACAUCAGCAUGUUCGAAGUGGUCCAAGAGCACUCCAACAGGGAGUCUGACUUGUUCUUUUUGGAUCUUCAGACGCUCCGAUCUGGGGACGAGGGCUGGCUGGUGCUGGACAUCACAGCAGCCAGUGACCGAUGGCUGCUGAACCAUCACAAGGACCUGGGACUCCGCCUCUAUGUGGAAACCGCGGAUGGGCACAGCAUGGAUCCUGGCCUGGCUGGUCUGCUUGGACGACAAGCACCACGCUCCAGACAGCCUUUCAUGGUAACCUUCUUCAGGGCCAGCCAGAGUCCUGUGCGGGCCCCUCGGGCAGCGAGACCACUGAAGAGGAGGCAGCCAAAGAAAACGAACGAGCUUCCGCACCCCAACAAACUCCCAGGGAUCUUUGAUGAUGGCCACGGUUCCCGCGGCAGAGAGGUUUGCCGCAGGCAUGAGCUCUACGUCAGCUUCCGUGACCUUGGCUGGCUGGACUGGGUCAUCGCCCCCCAGGGCUACUCUGCCUAUUACUGUGAGGGGGAGUGUGCUUUCCCACUGGACUCCUGUAUGAACGCCACCAACCAUGCCAUCUUGCAGUCUCUGGUCAGUACCACAGUAGCCUGCUGCGACAGGUGGAGCGGGGUGCACCUGAUGAAGCCAGAUGUUGUCCCCAAGGCAUGCUGUGCACCCACCAAACUGAGUGCCACCUCUGUGCUGUACUAUGACAGCAGCAACAAUGUCAUCCUGCGUAAACACCGUAACAUGGUGGUCAAGGCCUGUGGCUGCCACUGAGGCCCCGCCCAGCAUCCUGCUUCUACUACCUUACCAUCUGGCCGGGCCCCUCUCCAGAGGCAGGAAACCCUUCUAUGUUAUCAUAGCACAGACAGGGGCAAUGGGAGGCCCUUCACUUCCCCUGGCCACUUCCUGCUAAAAUUCUGGUCCUUUCCCAGUUCCUCUGUCCUUCAUGGGGUUUGCGGGCUAUCACCCCGCCCUCUCCAUCCUCCUACCCCAAGCAUAGACUGAAUGCACACAGCAUCCCAGAGCUAUGCUAACUGAGAGGUCUGGGGUCAGCACUGAAGGCCCACAUGAGGAAGACUGAUCCUUGGCCAUCCUCAGCCCACAAUGGCAAAUUCUGGAUGGUCUAAGAAGGCCCUGGAAUUCUAAACUAGAUGAUCUGGGCUCUCUGCACCAUUCAUUGUGGCAGUUGGGACAUUUUUAGGUAUAACAGACACAUACACUUAGAUCAAUGCAUCGCUGUACUCCUUGAAAUCAGAGCUAGCUUGUUAGAAAAAGAAUCAGAGCCAGGUAUAGCGGUGCAUGUCAUUAAUCCCAGCGCUAAAGAGACAGAGACAGGAGAAUCUCUGUGAGUUCAAGGCCACAUAGAAAGAGCCUGUCUCGGGAGCAGGAAAAAAAA